AUGGCAUCCGCACCCGGCACCGCGAAGGGUAAGAUCGAGAACGCGGCGCAGCAGGCCGGCGAGGCGAAGGAUACCAACCCAAAGGACCCCUCCGUCAUCUCCUCCGGCGGCGCAGUAGGCAAGCAAUUCAACCCCGAUGGCGCCAUCGGGCAGGUUGGCGAGAAGAUUGGCGGGCCGUUCUCAAAGGACGGUGCCAUCGGAAGCCAGUUCGAUGCUGCCAAGGAUGGGCUUGCGGGACAGGUUGAGAAGGCCGUCGAUGGGCCUUCAAGGCCUGCGACCGAGAAGAAGUAG